AUGGCCGCCCAACAGAUUCAAUUCUACCAGUACCGACCAGACACGGAUGCACGACAUAAUGCCGUGUUCACGCCCAUGCCGACUGAGCAACCGGUCUUCAGCCCGAUGGUUGGAUACCCGCAACAUCAGUAUAUGGCACCGCAGUACUGGCAAGGACCUCCUCACUUUGCCCAAGCACACUACGUGCCCCAGCAAGUGAUGACUCCCCGAGCCUCACCACCUUUGACUCUUGCGAUGCCCAUGCCCAAGAUUGUGCUGGACCGCAAUGGACAGAUGGAGCAUGGACACUAUCUGGAGAGCCGGCACUCUUCACCUCCGACCCCAUGCCUCUCUGCCUGCCCCAGCACAGCUAGCAGCCCACCAUCCAGCAGCAUCAAUCAGACUCCCGUGCACGGAGCUGGCUACUUCAACCUCCCAAUCGAGUCAUCUAAGGAGGAGAUGCAACCGAUGCAGUUUCUGGACGAGUGGCACGCGGAGCCUGGACAUAUUCACAUUUUCCCGCAUCCCGGCGAUGCCAAGCUUUUGCCCAGCAACUCAAUUGCCCCGACCGUGCCUGGCAACCUCCCCCGGAACAUGAACGUGCACUCGUCUGUCGCCAGCCUCAGCAGCUGCAAUUCUCCAUCCCUAGGCCCUGCUUCACCUCAAUCUCACGUGUCGCCCUCGAGCUACCCGGUGGCUGAGUUCGUUAACCUGCGAGAACUGACUUCAACCUCGUUCGAGCCCGUGGCUGCUGCUCCCGUCCAGAGCUUCCCUCCUCUUCCAACCCUGUCUGCCGAAGACGACGAGCACAAGUUCGCUCUGGCCAACGCCUUCCCCAUCACCCCCGAGCAUGACACUGCUGAUCCAUUCACCCUCACUGAGAACCCUUCCUUUGAGUCCUCCUUCUGCAGUGAAUUCGACUCGGAGGACGAGUUCAGCUUUGUCAACUUCACUGGUGCCGAGAUCUCCUACAACGGUGAAAAGAGACAGAGGCUCUCGCUAGGUGAAGAGGAGGACUUCCUGAGCGUUCACAGCUUCGGGAGCUUUGACGAGGAAGAUCUGAUUGCCCAAGCCGGUCUGCCUUCUCCUCCUGCCUCGUCAUUUUCCGACUCGUGCUGCUCCAGCAAGAAGAAGACUCACCGCAGGAUGAAGCGGACGGACUCCCUCAACAGUGACUUCGAGUUCACUCAGAUGACCGAGUCUGAUGGACACAUGCAUAGCCACGCUGAUGGCCAACACACUGCCUCCAACGCCUCCCAAAGCCAACCGAGCUCCACCGAGGACAAUGGCAACUCUGCCGUCGGCGAUGCUGGUUCAUCUGCACAAACCCCCACCAACCGUCGUGGCCGCAAGCAAUCAUUGACCGAGGAUCCCUCCAAGACCUUUGUGUGCACCUUGUGCUCUCGCCGUUUCCGUCGACAGGAACACCUCAAGCGUCACUACCGAUCUCUCCAUACUCAUGACAAGCCUUUCGAGUGCAACGAGUGUGGCAAGAAGUUCUCUCGAUCUGACAACCUCGCCCAGCAUGCCCGCACACACGGUAGCGGUGCCAUUGUCAUGGGUGUUCUGGAGAACGGCGAGCUCGCUCCUCAACAAGCUUACGAUGAGGACAUGGGCCACGCGUUGUAUGAAGCUGCCCAACGUGCUGCCCUUGCCUCCUCAUCCAGCGGCAGCAGUUCCGACUCUUCGUCAUCCGGAGACAGCAAACGUGCUCUCAAGAAGCGAAAGCGAGACGAGUCCCUAUAA